AUGAGUCCGCAUGCCUUUCUUGCGCUGAGAGAUGAGUCGGCUCCCGCUGCCAUUCCCUUGGGCGGGAGGGUCAUAUCAAUGGUUCUCUCUCUCGUCACGCUCACUAUCCUCGCCAUCUGCAUCACUCGCCGUGUUGAGAACGUCGGGAGGUGGAGCCGGCUGCCCAUCACGGGCUGGCUGAUCAUCAUCAUCUACUUUGACUCUUUCCUCUUCGUCUUUGUCACGGCAAUGUUCAAGGACAUCGGCAUCAAUGAAUCGCAAGGCAUCUGCGAGGGUGCGAUUCUGCUAUGCCUCGUCUGUUACAUGAGCACCAAGGUCUUCAUCUACACCUUCCUGGUCGAAAAAGCCUACAUCGUCCGUGGCAGCCACAAGCCGAGACUCAGCGACAGGCUGUAUGUCUUCAACGCAUUCGGACUGAUUACCCCUUACGUUGGCAUAGUGAUCCUGAACUUUGUCUGGAAAAUUGCCUACAUCGACGACAUGGGCACUUGUAUCAUUGGCAUGCAAAAGAAAGCCAUGAUGCCUCUCAUCAUCUUCGAUGUCGUCAUUAAUGUCUAUCUUACUGCCCUCUUCAUCAUACCGCUUCGUCGGCUUUUUUCGUACCAGCAUAAUACCAACAAAUCCCUCCGUAUCAUGGCCCUCCGUACCUUUGUGGGCAGCUGCGCAACACUUAUCUCCAGUGUUGUGAAUCUCACCGUCUUGAUGGCUCUGAAGGGAGAGCCGGGCUGGAUAUGCCUGAUGUGCUGCAACGCCGACAGUAGGCCACACUCACCCGCGCAUUGCAUCUCCCGUUUCCUCCAGCUAAGCGCCAUGGCGAUAGUCCUGUUCUCCGUCCUCGUGCUCCACUGGGUCACAAGCUUCGACAAAUCCACGACCGACAGUAGCUACGCCCGCGAGCAGAACCGCAACAACGACUCUGGGACCAUUGCUAACCGACCUUCCCGAAACGGCACGUUUCCGACGGCAAACAGCUCGGUGCACAGUGGCCAUCCCGAGACCAAAGCGAAUGUGGGCGGUCUGCGGCGGGACUCGCGUUGUCCUGCCCACCACAAAACCGGCUGGGACGCAAAGGCCAGCAUCAAGACACAGUGCUGUGCUGGCAACGACCAACCCAAUCCUGAGGACAUCGCCAUGGAUCGCAUUGUUGUCAGGACCGAGCGUAUCUUGAAGAUUGAGAGCGACAACCACAGCGACCGGAGCGAGUCCAGUGCAGAGCCAGAGUCCGGGUCAGGCAGUCGAGGCUGCAGUAGUACAGAUGGAAUCGUAAAUCGGGUGUGA